UCGGAGCUCGAUUGCUCAGGUCUGUUUGAAGCAGUCGCGGGAAAUUUGGAACUAAAUCGAUCCCCGCAUGAUCGAACACCAAAAUAAACUCUCCAUGGACAGACCGGAGCUGCCGAGUGAGCAGGAUGGAGAACAAGGUGUAGAUGUGAUGCACUGUGAGGAGCAGCUGAGGACGACACUACACUGUGAUGACAAGGAGAAGCUUCGUAGGAAGUUGGCACUGUUACAAAGGGAGUACCUCAGGACAGCUGAGAGACUACAGCGAGCUGAGCGUUUGGAUGCAGUGAGGAGACAUGUAAGGAGCAGGAUCAGUCAGCAGGACCACCAGGACCAGAGAGACCCAGAGGUGACAUCCAACCCCCCUCUCAACCCAUCUUCAUUGAUAUUGAACACCACUAAUGGGACACCCACAAGCGUAGCUCAGUGCCAGGGACACGCUGGAGAUCCAGCAGAUUCUGAUAGCUCCAGGAGGAGCCAGGUGAUCAGGUUCCUGCUGCCCUCUGAUGCUGCUUGCCCACAAACCCUAGAUCCUAGCCAUGACACAGAUAGAGGUCACAGGCCCAGCCCUGCCCUGCGCCUCAGGUCUCGACGCAGCCGCCUGCGCUGGGAAAGGAGGAGUGCUGAGGCCGGCAGGAGCACAGACGACAACAGUGAGGAAGGACGGGAGCAGAGUGAAAGGAUGGAGACUGUUAGAGCGGAAGGAAGUGAAGAGAGAGUCAAAACGGAGGGAACAGAGGUUGUGAAUGAAAGUGAAGAGCUAUUUUCUGGUACGGACACUGACUCUCCGUCUCUGCUGCUUACACACUGGAACCCUUGUGGACAAACGGAAACAGGAGAUAUCGAGGGAAAACAGAUACAAGGACGACAAGAAAAAAGGGAAAAAGAGACCGAGUUGAGAGCUGAAGUGAAAGAGUCAACCUCUUUGUUGCUCACAUGUUGGAAGCCUGCUACACACACUGAAGAAAGGGAACAAGAUGGCACGCAAAAUGGAAAAAGAAAGGAGACAGAGGGAGGAGAGAGACAGAGGGACGGAAGGCUGUGUGAAGACAUCAGUGAUAAAGAUACUGAACAAAAUGCAGCAGAGAAAAUAGAAAGUGAUAAUGCAGCUAAAAUAAAAGAAGAACCAAGUGAGCUGGUUGGAGGGGAGCAUGAUGUGAAGAGUGUGGGUCUCCUGGACUCCUGUACUCUAGUGGAAGGACUACUUUUCCCAGCAGAGUACUACGUCCGAACCACGAGACGUAUGACAUUGUCACAGAGCCAGCCUGACAUUCAGGCCGUCAUACUCUCCCAGCUGAACAUGGGACGGCCUCGCAGGAGCCGCGGCCGGGGCAGAAGAUCCAACACACACAGCCAUGACCGUUCAGAUGAACACUCUCGGACAGGUUUGUCCUCCCUGACCGCUGCAUCUGUAAGUCCUCGUAUGGAGUCACAGUCUGCUGACACAUCUGCUGAGCUGAACAGUCAGAGCUCCAGUGAGAUUUCAGAUCAAAUCUCAUCUUGUCAGAUCGACACAGAUGCUUGUUUUUCCACUACGGUCACCCCUGCUCGUCCAGCAAGAGGUAGGAGGAGGAGAAGAGGUAGGGGUAGGGGCAGAGGCAGAGGGAGACCUCAGACCCCACGCUGCUCUCUUAGUUUAGACACCCAUCAAUUAGGCCUUGGACAAACCUCAGACGAUCCCCAGCCCUCCAGUUCCCCGGUCUCCUCCUCCCCGUCUCUCCACGGAGCUGAUGGACCGAAGCCCUGCCUCACUCCGGGAGAAGCUGUUCCAGCGCGGGACGACCCCCAGCCUGCGUCCAUCCACAGCACAGCUACACAGCCCUCUUCUGGAGUUAAUGGAGCUCAGUGUAGCUCUGCUUCUGGACAUCUGGUGAAGGUCUUUCCCAUCUUUCUGAAGAGCAGCGACAGGAUUGACAGAGCCACACAGAUGAGUAGAAGCGCAGCAAGCUGGAGAUCUCUCCUCUUGCCUUCUUCUUCACUUGCCCAAACGUCUCUGCUUCCUCUCCCCUCUCUGUCCCUCGGCCCGCUGGUCAGCAACCUGACUAACUUUGACAUUCCACAAGAUUUCCAUCUCCCUGAUGACCAGUUUGCCUCCCUGAAGCUGCACAAGCUCCGCCAAGUCGCUGUGGAUUCAGGAGUUGAACACUUUACACCGCCGUCCCACAGCACACGCAGGAGCAACCGGCGCUUUGACCCUCACCACGGCGGCAGUGACCCAGCGGCGCCUCUUCCACUCCCGCUCAGCCUCACGCCCAUGCUCUCAAAUUCACCCCAUCCCACUGAGUCUGCUACACAAUACGCAGACCUGCAAAACUUGUCAGUACAAUACAAGCGUAUAGAUAAAUUGACAAUGCAGUCCUCAACUGAAGAGUCAUCUGAGCGAGAUAUUACAGAAAACCCCGGAGAGCAGCAGACUGAAAACCUUCACCCAGAGUGUCUGACUCACACCACCUCAACAGAAUCAGUGGUUCAAGAUUGUGCUGCUGACUGUGUCGAUCAAUACAAACAGCGAGAUACUGUGAUUCUGAAUACUCAAGGCCAGAGUAGCGUCUCUGUUGACCAACCUCACAUCAACUUUGCAGACAGACCUACAGGCAAAGGGAAUGAUUAUGUCAUCGGGCGCUCAGAUGAACUUCAAAUAAAAGAGUCUUCUGUCAUUUCACCAGAAGAACAAACAGAUUGUCCCGGUGUAGUGUGUCCUUUGGGGGAUCAGAUGUCUACAAACCAAACAGACGUUAUCAUCAAGACUCUUUCCUUUGAUUGCCCUCUACAGAAAACCCCUGAGGAGCCUUCUACCAGCUGCACAGCCGUACAGUUAUGUAAUGACAGUGAGGCUCCAGGGGAGUCUCCUGCGCAGCAUCUGCACGUGAAAUCUCCUGCUUCAGAUUCAAAGGAAUCCUCUGAACCCACCAGAGACGCAUUGGUGGAAAAUAACAAUCACACGCACCAUAAAGUCCACUCUCAGCUCCUGUUGAGCCCUCCUCUGGCGUCAGCACCCUGCCCCUUCAUAACCCCACACCUGCCCUCCUUCGCUUUCCUCUCCAGCCCCACACUACCAUCACUAGGACUCACCCCCCACCGAGUCCCUGCUGCCCUCCCUCUGACCUCCUCCCCCUCCGCCCCACCUCUCACCCUGCCUCCCCCUCAUAGCCCGUCCACCCAGGCCCUCUCCCCUCCAGCUCUCUCUCCCUGUCCAUCCCUCCCUCCUAGCCAGCCCCCCGCCGGUCACAUCCAGGCUUCAUCUGAGCUGUUACUUACAGACGACCAGUCCCAGAGGGUGGGACCUCCUAACCGCCCUGUUGUCUCCAGCAUCCCGUCACAGGGGUCAGAUGAUCAGGCGGAGACAGCGGAGGAACACAUGAUGAGAUGCACACACACACUGAAGGCCCCAGCAGGAGGCUGUCUGGUGGAUGCGUGCUGUCUGCUCGGAUCCUCGGGUGGUUUGUGUGUCGCAGCAGCUGGAAAGUGGGCGGUGUGUCUCUGGGGACAGACUUCAGCUUCUGACUGGAGCUUAACACACACCUGGGCCUUCAAUGAGCCAGUGAUCAAUAUGUUUCCUGUCCCGGAUGCUGCUGGCCUGAUGUGUGUGACUCUGGGUCAGUUAGAAAUCAGAGAAGUGAGGAUGCUGUUGUGCUCCAGCCUCUCACAAGUGCUUCUCUGUGGGGGUGUUGUCCAGACUGUCGUGGGCGUGUCCAAGUCCAGAGUGGUUACCUCCUCCCACUCAGCCUCUGGUUCCACCCUACAGGUGUUCACGCCGUCAGACAGCGGCAGCACAUGGAGCUCUCAGCCUCUCGUGUCUCCUGGUGUUUGUGUCGGAGCCCUCGCUCCAGUGGACGGACUUUCAGACGCUCUGAUCGGCUCAGAUGAGGGCGGACGCCUCUUCGUCUGGAAUUUAAAGACCGGACAGCUGCUGCAGAGAAUCAUCCUCGGAGAUGGUUUAUCACACAUGGCCUGUCUCAGAGGAUACUCCUACUGUGGAGUGUUAUUUGUCCUGCUGCAGCAUCAGUUGCUCAGCUCCCUGGAGGAAGAAGCCAAAGAGAAGGAAGAGGAGGAGAAGAAGAAGAACACCGCCCUGUUCUCCUUGGUCGCCGUUAACCCUCUGAGUGGAAAAUCUGCUGUGGCUACUCAGCUGUAUCCGCCCAAAGCCUGGUCUGGCAGGCUGUGUGAAGCCGACGUUACCCGCUCCAGCGUGGUGGGCCUGAGCCAGGGCGGCUGCGUGUGUGUGUGGGAGCUCGGUCGCCGGGCGGCCUCAAGGACGGUGUGGGCUCCUGAGAGCGACGGCUGGCAGCUGGCUCGAUGGGGGGAAGGAGGUACGCUGGUGACCGGACAUCACAACGGAGACGUUACUUUACACUGUUACAGUACGAGUCCGACUUCUCUCUGCCACACUGACAUUACUGACUCUCGGAUUACUUUUAUCAAAUAAAAACUAUCACUAUAUGAAUGUUUACAUGAAGAUUUUAACCUUUUAAAAUACUUCAAUGUCACAUUUGGUUCUGUGGUUUUCCCUUAAAGACAUUUCAGCAGACAAAAAAUGUAACUUUCAUGGCCAUCGUACUACUGAGAUGAAGACAUUAUAUACUGUAAACUUUCUACACUACUGUUAGAGUAUCACACACUGAACUUCUAUGUGUGAGAAUGUUUACUUGAUGGUGGAUUUUCACUUUUUAGACCACCAAAAAAAACUUUGUGUUUUAUUACUGCUGCUGUUUUGACCGUUCCUUACUGUGGUUACAUGAAUACAUUGUUAUAUUUCUUAUAUUUAAAGAAAAAGAAGUGUAUUUUUAUCAUUUACAUUAAAUAUUUGUGAAUUCUGUUAUACUUUUUGUCUACUUUUAUAUUGCUAAGGUUGACCAAAACCAUCUUAGCUGCACUGUAUUUACAGUUAGGAAAUGCUUUUUCUUAGCGUAAAGGUACUCUACUUUAGUUGCAUUCUUGCAUUGUGGAUGUGAAGAAUUAACUAUGUGAUGGAAAAGUGAACUCAGAAUUGAGAAAUGUACGUUACUAAUUGUCAAAUACUGUAAAUUAAGCUGUAAUGGAUAUUUGUGUCCACCAGGAGGCGCCAAAAGAUUGUGAUUUACUCUACAUCGCUGAGAGAUUUGGCACAUUAACUGUUCUCUUCCAGUUGAUUAUUAAAAAGACAGCUUGGCAGUGCAGAUUAAUCCUGGCACUUGGAAUAUAAUCACUUUAUAGCAAACAAUCAUCUACUACUAAAACAUGAUAAAUCUGAGGUUGUUCGUUGAGGGUUUGCGUAAAACGGGACGUAUGAAAGAAAGAUGAUGUCGUCUCAAACAUAAAAAGCCUUUUUUCUGAAUGAAAAUACUUUCAAGGAUCUUAGUUU